AUGUCAAGUGAACAAGGAAGAAAUCAAUUUGAGGUGAAAUUAAACGUGUCUAAUUUUCAUGCUAAUGAUUUACAAGUGAAUGUUCAUGGCCGUGAAUUGAUCAUUUCCGGACAUCAUGAUGGACGUGAGGAAGGAGAUGGGAGCAUUGUUGAACGUCAUUUUGUUCGAACUUAUAUAUUGCCGAAAAGUGCUAAGGAAAAGCAGUUAGUAUCAGAGUUAGAUGCCGAUGGCAUCCUAAAAAUUACAGUUCCGGCUGAUGAAACUGCUGAAUAUCGAAGAAUUCCCAUUACGGUGGAUCCGAACUGGAAAAUGCGAUCGAAUCCAUGCCAAGAAUUGAUAGUUCGUGAGCCGAUACCACUUUGGUGGUGGUGA